UCCUACAUAAAGGCUGCAAUUCUCUCCUUUUAGGAACAACAUGCCACUAAUAAAAAAGAAAUAGAGAGUAAUUGGUUCAAGUCAACUAUAUUCUACAAACUUAACUAAGAGGGAACCAUCAAAACUUGAGAGCAAACGACAAAAUUAGGGUUACCUCCAAUAUACUAAUAGACUUGAUCAAAGUCAUAAGACACAAAAUUAGACACUCAUUUUCUAUAAGUUUCAGUAGGUUGAAUAAAGAAUCGACCUAAUUCAGUAAAUCAAUCAAUGAUUUCUCGUUUUAAGAUAGAAAUAGGUUGUGGUAGCUGCAAAAACCAUAAACCUAAAGAGCCAAUAGCCACCAUUCUCCGUUGAACGACCAAAUUUUUAUCCACUCUAUCUUUAAUCUCAAGAGGCAUAUGUUCCAACCAAACAACUCCAUUUCUGCUACUUUGAUGGACCUUCUCUCCGUAACCCUCAAUUUCUCUUCCAAUUGGGGUUCUUGUCAACUCGCUCUUCAACUCCUCAAUCUUCUUCUUGUGUUUGCUAACUCAUCUUCCUCGGGCAGUUGUAAUAAGUUCGCUAAAACCAACAUUCAUCUCCUGUUCCAUCAAUAUGUUCAUCUCCCCCUUGUCUGCCUUCACCCGCUUCAGUCCACUUCCUUGCCCUUCAAUAACCUCUCCAUUUUCAUUACUAUCCUCAUCAUCUCUCACUUCUCUCUCGUUAACUGCUCCAUUUUCGCUUCCAUGUCUUUCAACACUCUCCUCAAUUCAUUCACUAACCUCUCCAACUCCCUCUUCUCUGCCUUCACCUGCUGCAGUGGAACUUUACUUGCUACCAAAUCCAAACACAAUUUCUUCCCUCCACCACUUUCAUUCUCAAACUCAAUUCCAACUCUUCUACUCCAAGUUCAAAUUCAUAACUACUUGAUUGAACUCCAUUCUAUUCGUCAUGGAUUGAUAUCAGAUUUGAAAUUUUCUAUUUGCGUAGCUUAAAUCCCCAAAAUAAAACUAUCCUGCCAAGAGAAACCAGAAGAUUAAUUUUCAAAUGCGCCCUUGUACUCGAAAGUGAAAGGACCAAAUUAUUGCACGAUGGAGGGACUUUCGAAGUAAGUUAUAAAGAGAUAAGAACAAAGAUAAAAAAACACGAAAUUUAAAUUUAAAUUGAAAAAUGCAAUGACACAACACGUAGAAAAGAAAUAGUUUCUUCCAUAUUAGCCAAUUACAAAUUUACCCAAACGAAAAUUAAGUAGAGCAUGAAUUUUAAAAUGGAUAAAAUUACAUGAAACUCUACUAUGGAAAUCGAAGUAUUAAGCACCAUAAAAAUAUAUACGGUAGACUUAGUGGGCUUGUUGAUCAUGAUGUAAAAGUCAUUCAUUUUCUAGAGUUGACUUAGUGUAUGUUUUGUAUUCAAAUAGAAACAACAAAUUUGUUUAGUGUAAUUGGUUAUAAUCAUUGUCUUUGUUUGAAGAGACCCGGUUAUUUGAAAUAAAUCAUUAAUUGUAAAGACAAAAAUAUCCUUCCUACUUUCACUCUCGUUGCAGAAAAUUUGAAAUGGAGAAAAUUACACAAAACUCUACCAUAUAUUAAUGGAGGAUUUGAUAAUUAUACGUAAGCUUCUUUUUUUUUUACAGUAAUAAUUAUACGUAAGCUCUAUGCUCAAAGAACAUUUAUAUAUUUCAUGGCUCCAAAUUUGCCAAAUGUCACUGUAAGUCUGUACUCUGUAACAACGGAAGAAACUCCAUGUUGGAUUCUUUCGGUUCAAUGAAAUUCACAAAAUGAAAUGUCAGUUCUCUCUAAAAACACUUUUAUGUAUAGACCCAUUGACCAGCCUGUGCAUUUUGGAAGAAUCAUCCAACCCAGCGGGUGAAUGAAUGAAGUGCUUAUUCAUCCAAGCUGAUAUGGUUUAAAAGAUUCUCCCACAACGGCAAACGACGUAGCAAAAUUUUCUAUAUUAUCCUCCCAAACCACUCCAGCUAUACAACAUACUAAUACAAUUAUACAAACUCCAUAAUGCAACCAUAAAGGCCUUACUUAAUCUAAUAAAAAACUGGUAAACUAAUAAAGAUUAGCAGGAUAAUCAUCAUUAAGGUCAUUAAUCCUCUUGAACGUCUCCGUUUCUUAAUCAAUCCUAUCUUUCCAGUCCACCAGCUUAGCGAAGUUCUGUUGGGUCGAUUAAUAAUUGUAUGCUCUUUGCUCAAGAUCACGUUGAUAAGGGCUGGGCUGGCCUGGCCGUAUAGGCUACAAUAAAUAACCAUAUGAAAUAUACAUAAUUGAUCAGCUACUGAAAAUGAAUGAAUUCCGUUUAUUUUUUCGUUUAUGGACACAAAUACCCCUGUGCAAAAUUAAUUCCAAUAUUUUUAAUAGUGUUUGGUGUUACUUGCAUCAAUAUGAUAUUAUGAUGUAAUAUUAUUCUGUGUAUAGUAUAUCCUACCACAAGUCACUUAAUCUAGUUGAAUAAAUUGUACACAUUUUAUGAAUGUUGAUGUUCUCUGCAUCUGCUAAUAAGUUGAACGGACAAUUCAUUUCAUAAUUAAAGAACGAAUCGAACCUAAAUAGAACCAAAUAUCGAACGUUAUAUGAAAUCCGCUCAAUAACGUCUCCAUUGAAAAUGGUUACCCGGCUUAAUGGAUCUGUAUACCAGAGGACUUGUGAAGUUUAAGCAGUCAAACAAGGCUGCAGAAAGAGAAAGACUUAACUGUUUUACUAGAUACGAUGAUGAACAAUUGUCAGAGUACCUACGGACGUGGCAUCAAGUUUAUGGCUCAUAAAUAGCAUAUCCGCCAUUCUACUGCCACGUGUGGCCAAAAAUGGCACGAGGUGCACAUGUGUAGUGGGUGUAAGACCCGUUGGACGGAGGGCCGGGCCCAGCAGCGGAGGAAGGGGCGGCCCGGUCGGCCCACAAUUAUUUAAUACGCAGGAUAUGUCUAUUCGCUUCACUAGGUUGAUUUCAUCUAUAAUUCAAUUACCACACAGGUUUUCCUACCAGCUUUCGCAUGCAGUGGUGUAAAUAGUAAAUUGUAAUUGUACAGCAACAUCGGGACAGCGUACGUAACAUUGAUUGUCCUUUCCCGUCGCCUAAACCUUACAUGCUCAAUUAUCUCUCAUAAACUGAGAUUGAGAAGAGAUCAAAAGGGUUAAAAAUUAGCGACGUGAUAUGGUUUCACUUCCAUUAUUAUUAUGAAAAACAUCGAGAUAUUGGUAUAUCACGGAUGAUCCCUGUUCCAAUAACUAAACCAUAUCCAAAUCAUAUGACUAAACCAUAUUCAAAUCUUGGAACAAACUUUUAAUUACCAUUAUUUAAAAUAAUAAAAACUACCCAGACCAUGUAAAUUACCAUAUAGAAGUCUGCAAUCCACUUCACCACUGCACUCCAACAGUGGCCGCCGGCUGGGCCUCCAUUAUUCUAACAUGGGCGGUGGGUUUUUAUGAACCGUUAUCAUCAUUUUCAUGACAACUAUGAAAAGCACUCCCCCAAAAAUGGCAUUUUCCGACCAAAACGACAGCACAUCUUCACCUAGUGCAAAAAACAAAACUCCAUUUUCCUACCCAUUUUCUUUUUCCGCCUCCCCGCAAAAAUAAUUGGUAAUGGUCGGUCGUAGGAUAACUCAAAAUAAACCCCCUCCACACGAUCCCCCCUCCUAUAAAACCAACUCACCACUCUGCUUCCCCUUCUCAUCCUUCCAAACAACUCCCCACAAGAAAAGAAAAAAACAGAGCUUUUCCGGCAGAUUAAUUCAGUGAGAGUGAGAGAAAAUGGAGGGAAAGGAGGAAGAUGUUAGACUGGGAGCUAACAAGUUCAACGAGAGGCAGCCGAUUGGAACGGCGGCUCAAACCCACGACGACAAGGACUACACGGAGCCGCCGCCGGCUCCCCUGUUCGAGCCAGGGGAGCUCACUUCCUGGUCCUUUUACAGGGCCGGAAUCGCCGAGUUCAUCGCCACUUUCCUCUUCCUCUACAUCAGCGUCCUCACCGUCAUGGGCGUCGUCAAGAGCCCCUCCAAGUGCUCCACCGUCGGCAUUCAGGGCAUCGCUUGGGCCUUCGGAGGAAUGAUCUUCGCCCUCGUUUAUUGCACCGCCGGAAUCUCAGGGGGCCACAUAAACCCAGCGGUGACGUUCGGGCUGUUUCUGGCGAGGAAGCUGUCGCUGACGAGGGCGGUGUUCUACAUGGUGAUGCAGUGCCUUGGCGCGAUCUGCGGCGCCGGAGUUGUGAAAGGGUUCGAAGGGAAGCAGCAGUUUCAGCUUCUGGGCGGCGGAGCUAACUCCGUUGCCGGUGGGUACACCAAGGGAGAUGGGCUUGGUGCUGAAAUCGUCGGCACUUUCGUCCUUGUCUACACCGUUUUCUCUGCCACCGACGCCAAGCGUAGCGCCAGAGACUCCCACGUCCCGAUUUUGGCGCCACUGCCAAUUGGGUUCGCGGUGUUCUUGGUCCACUUGGCGACAAUCCCGAUCACCGGAACCGGCAUCAACCCAGCUCGGAGCCUUGGCGCCGCCAUCGUCUUCAACCAGGACAAGGGCUGGGACGAUCACUGGAUCUUCUGGGUGGGACCAUUCAUCGGAGCAGCGCUGGCAGCUCUAUACCACACGGUGGUGAUCAGGGCCAUUCCUUUCAAGAAGUGAGGCCUUGAAGAUCAACGGCCAUGAUUUGCUUUUGCUUGUGGUGCUCUGUUUUGAUGCCCUGUAAUAUUUAAUAAAAAAAUCUCGUUUUCUUAUUUCUGCAAGUGAAGUGAAGUGAACAUUUUCUCCCCUUAUGUGUUCUUAUUUUCAAGCUGUGAGGGGGGAAGGGAAUAUGGCGAGUGGUGAACAUGGGUGUGAUGGAUGGUGGGCCCACAGCUUAAGCUGAGGGAUGGGCCCCCAGUGUUUGUAUGUAUUUGUCAUGUGGGCUGUGGCUAUGGGCUAUGAGAUAAUUGAAAUGAAAUGUCAUUUUCCGUCUUUGCCGACCAGCAAAAAACCUACUAUUCUACUCUCUCCCCUUAUCUAUCGUGACGACGUCCAUUAUUUGACCUCUAUUAAUUGCAAUUUGUUGCGCUGUGCUUUGCUGGGAUUAGGUAUGGUGAUGGAUAAUUAGGGAUUAGGUGGCUUGUUCCAGUUGAUGAUAAUCGAGUUGUCAUUGAUUAUUGAUAAUCGGGGUCAUUUAGAUUGGAGUUUUUUUUAAUCACUUUCAAGUGAUCCAUUUUGAUGAGAAUGACUAUUCAAUAAAAUUGCACUGAUAUUCUCGGAUUUCUUGAAGUAAUACAAUUUGUUUUAGAGAUUUGAAUUGUUUUGAAAGGUUUCCGAUAAAAGUUUAUCAUACAUAUGACUUUCUCCACAUAUUUUCUAGUGCAUGAACAUUUAUGAAUAUUGAACAUGGUUGUCACGCCGGCCGGCGUGUCACCGGUUGUAUCUGGUUCAAUCGAUAUCGGUCAUAAGACCGGCAUGACAUCACCAGUAUGACCGACAUGAUCGAUAUACGAAUCUCUAAGUAAAAUGACAUUAUUUUAGUGAAUUUAAUUGAUAAAAAUUAUUUUAUUAUUUAUUUUAUGAGUAUAAAAGUUAAAUAUUGAUGUUAUUUGUUGGAUUCAAGUAUAAAUGUUUAGGUAUUGACGUUAAAUGUCAUGUUUAAAUAUGAGUAUUUAUAAUUUUAUUUGUAAUAUUGACCGACAUGAACCGGUAUAUGCCAUCGGUUGAACCAUUCCACUUGCUAAACUGGCACACUAACAUAAACCGUUUUGACAACCUUGAUAUCGAACUCAAACAACACUUUUGCACUAUAGAGUACAAAAUUGUACGCAAAAUAUAUAGAAGGUAAUAAAGAAAGACUUAUUACAAGUUACAAUACACCGAUAAUACACGGACCUCAAUUAUUGUAUCUUGUUUAUUUUUUUUUUUUUGGUAUAUUGCGUAUUAAAAGUGAAAUAGAGACACUAUCUUGUUAUUAUAAAAAAAAAGUGAAAUAGAGACUUUCAUUGAUACUUAACAAUAGACAGGCUAGCGCUAGUGCUUUGCAAGGUGGAGUCUAGACUCUAGACCGUUUGAAAUCACUAGAGUUGGGAAGGGUCUGCCGAGUACUAUCGGGAUAAAGCCGAACCUACUUAUCCAGGUUCAGAAGAGUGAUCAAGAAAAUGAAUCAUGAAUGACCAAUCUUAAAUGUGAAGAGGCGUCGCCCAAAUCUCUUGAUUUUGGUAUGCGGAAUUUGAAGUAAUUUGAUUUGUGAUUUUGCCAUGUACACCAAUCUCAACAUCUUUUGUUGUAAUCAAUCUUUACAUGCCAAUACAAAUUUUGGAAUUGUUUAGCAAACAUGUGUUGUAGAGUACAAGAAUUUAGAGAAAUCACGAAUUUUACAGCAAAGGUGAUGGGAAUUCGUGUAUUGUUAAGAUUUGAUGACUUCGCAAAGUUUUUCUUUUUUCUUAUUUUGGUUGCAAGUAUGUGGUAGUUAGUGGAUGGAUUUUUGAAAGCUUUUAACUGUGGCAAAAUCUUUGUAGAAUACACGUACCCAUUGACUGUGACAUUAAAUAAGGUACAAACGAUGUGAUGAUUGUACAAACAUUAGAUAGAAAGAACAAUCUACACAUAAUAUAAUACGCCGAAGGUAAAAAAGAGAGCCCCAUUUCAAAUUUCCUGCAACGAGAGUGAAAGUAGGAAGGACAUUUUAGUCUUCACAAUUACUUUUUUUUAUUCAUUAAAAAGACACGUACUGGGAUUCGAACCAUGACCAUUUUAAAGAAAAGCUAAGAUCACAACCAAUCACACUAAGUACAUUUGUUGUAUCUUUCUAAAUUAAAAACAUAUAAUAGCAGGGAGGAAAAAACCCUUUCCCCAUUUCAAAUUCUCUGCUCGAGGAGCGUUUGUAGGAAAGGUAGAAUAGGGAGUGUCAAUUUUUUUCUCUUUCCAAACGGGCCAACUUACAGUACACAUGCGAAUUUAAACGGGCCCAGGAGUGUCAAUUUUUUUCUUUAAGCCCUUUUAUUUCUCUGUUGUGAUAAAAUAUAUAUGAAAAGGAGUUGAAUGCAUGGUAUCUAAUGAGCUAAUCGCUAACCAUAAAAUAAAAGAGUUGAAUGGGCCUGACCUACAUGGGAUUUGGCCAUCAAGUGAAACAAAUGAACAUCAUUGGUUUGUCAUUCUAAAACAAGCUAUUUUCUCUGACAUAAUAUAUAUUAUGCUAUUAUUCUAUAUCUUAUUGGCUAAAAUAUAAUGUAUUUUAGAGUUAUUCCAUGGUUCAACCUCGACCAACCCAAUUAGUCUAAUUUUUAUCAUUUCAAAUAUAUAUUUUAUAAUUAUUUGAUAUCAUAAUGAUCAAAUUAUAGUGUAUUUUAUACGGAGUCGUUUGGUAUUUGUUAGUAAAAAACUAAACAUAAAAGAUCUAUUUAGUUAUUUUAAACAUUAAAACGAUCCUAAAUAUUUUCAGUUCCUUUUGAAUUUCUAUGGUUUUAUUCCCGAAUAAGUGAUGUGCAAAUGGCGAAUUGUAGUCGUCUCUUUUCUUUCACUAUUUUUUAUUUUCAAAUAGAAAUUAGAAUUUGGCAUGGGUCGGUCAAACAGGCUGAAUUUCAAGUUUUGGCCCGUUUGUUUUAUGCAUUGCAAAAUUAUUAGCAUGUUGAUGGAAAUGGCUUGGAAAAAAGACAUAUAAGUUGUACCUUUGCAUAAAUGUCCUCAAAUGUUUGAAUGCAUUGUGAAUCAGUUUUCGUGACUUUUGUGAUGGUGUAUGUGCUUGACGAUUGCUCGAUGUUGUAACUGCUUAAUUUGAGAGUAAAUCUUUUGAUUUUCCCUAUGAGUUGUGAUACCAGUUCUGGUGGUUGCAGCAUGUUGUCGUUGUUGGCCUGUAAAAGUUGUUCAGUCGUGAUGCUAAAUACCUUUCUUUCUUUUUUAACAAAUUGUGUAGUAGUGC